GUAAGACGCUAGCAGCUGCCGAAAAGAAAAGAGAAACAAGACCGGGCAGUAAGGCGAGGAAGAAUCGGUCGGGGCAGACGCGUUUAUAUUAACGAUUAGAAAAAAUAGCUUUUAAUCUUUUGACAAAGUUGGUGUAGUGUCAUAUGAGCGAAUUAUUACAUUUUCAAUCGAUAACAAACAAUAGUGACUUGGCCCCGCGAAGAGGAGUUAGCAUUUAGCUCAGCGGAUAAAACACUACCGUUCGACUUUGCGUCUGUUUUUCCUAAAUAAGCUGUGACAGAAUGACGUCGAGGAAGAAAGUUCUACUGAAAGUGAUCAUCCUCGGGGACUCGGGGGUGGGGAAGACCUCUCUGAUGAACCAGUACGUGAACAAGAAGUUUAGCAACCAGUACAAGGCCACAAUCGGAGCCGACUUCCUGACGAAAGAGGUGAUGGUGGACGACCGGCUAGUCACAAUGCAGAUUUGGGACACGGCCGGUCAGGAGCGUUUCCAGUCUCUGGGCGUGGCGUUUUACCGCGGCGCCGACUGCUGCGUGCUCGUCUUCGACGUCACGGCACCGAACACCUUCAAGACGUUGGACAGUUGGCGGGACGAAUUUCUGAUCCAGGCCAGCCCUCGCGACCCUGAGAACUUUCCGUUCGUGGUGCUCGGCAACAAAAUCGACCUGGAGAACAGGCAGGUAAACACCAAGCGAGCACAAGCCUGGUGCCAGAGCAAGAACAACAUCCCUUACUUUGAGACCAGCGCCAAGGAAGCUAUCAACGUAGAACAGGCCUUCCAGACCAUUGCACGUAACGCACUCAAACAGGAAACCGAGGUGGAGCUGUACAAUGAGUUCCCAGAGCCGAUCAAGCUGGACAGGAACGAGCGAGCCAAACCGUCAGCGGAGAGCUGCAGCUGCUGAAGACCUGCGGGGGGCGCUAUUGAUCACCCUCAUCCUCUCUGGCCUUGUGCCCCCUCCUUCUCCAUCCCUCUUUACAUAUCUCUGUCUCUCUGUCACGUCUCUUCUCUUUCCUAAUGUAAUCACUGGCUUUCAUAAGAGCAGCAGGCACCCUCUCCUAGAAUAUACACACACACACUACUUAUAGAAACAACGACGUGAGAGUGUUUUUCCACCCCUCUAUAGCUCUUAAUCUUAUCCUUACACCCUUCACUGGAUCUCCAGAAGCCCUUCAGUUCCACACACACACACACACACACACACACACUGUUCUGAAACACUCAACACUUGAAUGCUUGGAGACUUUUUAGAAGAAGCACCGUGUAACUGGAACCUGUACGAUGUGACUGCAGAUCAAUGGGGCUGUGUAAUAUAUCGGUGUAUUAAAGCUCUGUUGGUGUCAGGACUGUCUGCUGUCUCUGGUUUGGCUGGUUUAGCAGGAGGAUUCACGUAUGUACAGCGGGAUUUGAUUUGAAAAAAAAAACACAUGCAUGCAGUUUGGCUUUAUUUUCCAUGAAUAUAGGCUCGUACAAGUAGGCAAUCGUGCAGGCUGGGAAAGUGUGAAUAUGAUCAGUCACAGUUUAAAAUACGAUAAGUGUUCUAUUGUCAUGAAGUGCCCAGAUUAUCCGAUCCGAUUCUUCACCAUGCCUUGUGAGUCUUUGCCACAAUGACAAAGAAGCGCUCAGCAAACCCUCAUGUUUUACUUUGUUUAUUCUUAUGAUUUGUUAUUAUUAUAUGUAUCAUUUAUUAUUACUGAUCUGAAUAACAGAACACAAAAACGAUAGAACAGUGGGGGAAAUCUGAAGCAUUAAUUAACAUGAACAUUUAUUAUAGCAGAGCAUAAACAUCGUUUGAAAAUAAAUGUAUUUGAAAGUAAAAAAAUAAAAAACCUUGUUGAAUAAA